AUGAGGCCAUCCAAAGGCGAUCCCUCCAAGACGAGCUCGUCGAGGAGCUGUUCUCAGCGUGGGACUGCAGGUGCUGGGCAGCAAAGAAGCUGGACAAACACGAAUUCGUUUUGUGAUGGAAGGUCGAACUCGCCGCUCCAGCGAUUUCAGCAGGCAGAUCACUUCAGCAACGCAACAUCGCUGCCGAUCGUGUAUAACCGGUCCAUCAGCGCAUGCCGAAGAUAUGCAGGAUGGGAGGAGGCGCUUCGGAUCCUCCAUGGACUCAGGUCUGUCUCGCUGCAGUGCGACCUUGUCGGCUGCAGCUCCGCGAUGAGCGUCUGCGAUGCAGCUUCGCAGUGGCAGCGAGCCACGGCGCUGCUUGAGACGACAAAGGCCACUCUCGGGCCGCCAGACGUGAUCAUGUACGGCGCAGAAAUGAACGCCUGUCAAAAAGGCAGGCAGUGGCAGCGAGCCAUCCGGUUGCUCAAGGAUCUGCGCCGCAGUUUGCGGGCGGACCUGGUAACGUUGAACACCGCGAUGUGUGGCCCAUCAUCAGGCGAGUGGCAAAACGCCACGCACCUGCUUGAGGAGGGUGCCUCUUGGUCACUACAGCCGAGCAUGGUCAGCUACAAUGUCGCUAUGCGAAGUUCGAGCUGGAGGAGGGCCGCAGAAUUUCUGAUGGCGGCCGGAAGGAACAAGUUGCGAUCCACGGUAACCACCUGCGGCACGAUGCUGUCGCGAUGCGAGCUGCCCUGGGCGGCGGAGCUGGUUCAUCUGUCUCAGAUGCAGUCCCAGCAGCUGGAGCCGAACGUCAUCACUUUGAGUUCGGUGCUCUCCGCUUUGGCCGUGGCGAGCUGGGAAACCUCUUUGGAUCUCCUCGCCGAGGCCCAAAAGCGUGAGAUGCAGCCCAACGAGUUUGCCUUGAGCGCGGCCACCAGCGGAUGUGAGCAGAGCGCCGAGUGGGAGAUCGCAUCGCACCUGCUGCGUGAAGUUGGCGUCGGAUUGCAAGCGAGCCUGAGCUGGAAUGCGGCAGCAAGCGCUGCGGCUACAGGCAGCGCUUGGGGACACGUGGUUGCCUUGUUGCGGACUCUGCCAACCCAGAGUCUGCGGGCAGAUCUCUUGACCAUGAGUGCCGCCGUCAGUUCGAUGGUCGGCCACAGGCGCUGGACAUAUGCCUUGUUCUUCUUGUGCGAGCACUCUGUGCUGUCCACAGAGUCCGAUGUCGUGAUCUACAGCGCAGGCAUGACCAGCUGCGAGGAGUGCCAGGAGUGGCGCUGGGCCCUGCAGCUUCUGAAGGCCUCAGACAAAGCUCUGGGGCCGGCCAACGACAUCGCUUUCAAUGCAGUCGUUGCCGCCUGCGAGCAAGGUGAGCGCGGGCACGCCAGUGAGAGCCAGAGUGAAAAAGCAUGA